AUGGCUCAUCCUGCCCAUUCCUUAGGACCUACGUGCGCAUACUACGAAGAAGAGGAGGAGGCAGAUCCGCCGUCCGACGGCUCUCACCCACCCAGAGUCAAGGCUCAAUUCUUCUAUGUUUCGUCUCUGCCUAUAGAUGAUCCGCUCUCCCCUUUACCACCUGUGUCCGCCGGCAAAGCAUCGCGUCUUCCCCCGCAACCAUUCUCCGUUCGAGACAACGCAGCUUUGGAAGAAGCAUGGCGGGCAUUUCAACACCCGGAGACUGGUCCCGAAAGAAACAAAGACGCGAAGACGAGGUGGAAUUUUGCUCGAGGUAUCUUUUCUUUCCCAGAGUUUACGGGCUCCGGCGGCUCUCCCAAUGCCAGGUCCCCUCCCACAGAUUCAGGAAGACCCGAAAAGAUGGCAGGUUGUAGUGGUACACGAGAAGGGUCUUCGAAACGUCCACCUGCUGAGGCAGAGGUCAUGCUGGGUUCUGACUCAGGCCCCGGAAUUGAGUCAAAACUGGUCGAUGCACAAGAGUUGAAUGACAACAGAGACAGUCAAGAUCAGCCCGCCACGCAUAAGAGACGCCUCUCUCCAUUCAGGCAUAGACAGAAGGAAGAUGAGGCCGGCCAUAGUAUUUCGCCGAAAUCUGCAAAGUUCGAUCUCACUCGACAGACACCCCCUCAACCGACCACAGCAUUUGACUCGGACAUGAGUGGUCGACCCUUCGCCAGACCUCCCAGCGGACGGGACAUCAGUUCAGCUUCCAAGCGCCAAGGGGCCUUGCCACUCUCCGAGGAACCCGAUGAUGACCUAAGCAAAGCACGAAGUCGGUCCUCUAGUGUUGGACGACAUCGCCGGAAAGAAGGAGGUCAGGAAAAGGCAUUUGUACCGGUGGGCGUGUCCCGUCUUCAUCUGGUGGAGAUUCCUGACCUCAUCAUGAAACCGAUCUACUGGUCUCCGAUCAAUGACACGUCCGACGUCAUUCGAGCCACCUGGUUCUACAAGGACACUAUGCUGCCGGUGCCGGUGGACGUUGCCAAUCGAUUGGAAGUGGGAUACGAGUACAUGAAACCUUACGCCGAGUCAUAUCAGGAAGAGCUGUCAGCUUGUAUCGAGAAUGGCGCAUCUGCAGAGUUGAAAGUGGUCUAUAGGCUCUGGCCUGACGAGCCAAGGUUGAGCCGACCUGAGACUGCAGCUGAUACCAAAGAAAUGGACCAAGGCGCCUUACAGGAGGCGGAGGAUGUACCCUUACCAGAAGCGUUUGUGAAUGCGGCGGCAGACCACCGAAAGCCUAAGGAGCGACGGUUGUUUGCUACACACAGUGUUGUCUACACUGACGCCAGAAACGCUCAAAUCCUGAGGCCAAGCUUGUUACCAUCCGUCAGCAAAAACCGGCGACCAUUGAGUUCCCUUAGGAAGGGCCGACAGAUCGGCGUUGCAGUUGUUCGUGGGUUUGACCGUAAGGAGUGGUUGAAGAUCCACCCGGACCCCAAGCUGGAUGCCAAAGCGGCCUACGCAAAGGUCGGAGCCUACAUGUCUCAAUCUGGAGACGCCACGACUCGAGGUCGCCGCAUGUCAUGCGCUGCUUGUGAGGGAGAGACCGAAGCACCGAAAGUAUCCGACCUUGUUCUGGUCAUCCACGGUAUUGGGCAGAAGUUGUCAGAGAGAGUGGACAGUUUUCACUUCACUCAUGCCGUCAAUGGCCUGAGACGCGAGUUCAACGUCGAGUUGUCGACCGAAGCUGUCAAAGGCAAUCUGCGAACAGGCACGGGAAUCAUGGUUUUGCCCGUGAACUGGCGCCUGACUGUAUCCUUCGACGAGGAUGUAAAGGCUUCACAAGAGGACGCAGGAAACAAGUAUGCACUCAAGGAUAUCACCCCAGACACUCUUCCAGGCGUUCGGUCUCUGAUCAGUGAUGUGAUGUUGGAUAUUCCCUACUACAUGUCUCAUCAUAAAGACAAGAUGACCUCGGCGGUCAUACGGGAAGCCAAUCGAGUCUACCGACUAUGGUGUCGGAAUAAUCCAGGGUUUGAAGAUUAUGGUCGUGUGCAUCUCAUCGCUCACUCGCUCGGGUCAGUGAUGGCCAUGGAGAUCUUGAGUCAACAACCCACCCGUAUUGGAAAGGACAUCAAGCUGGACAGCAAGAAGCCCAGUGAAAAAUUGUUCGAGUUUGAUACCACCAACUUGUUCUGCUGUGGAAGCCCGUCUGGGUUCUUCCUGCUUCUCCACAAUGCCAGUCUCAUUCCACGCAAGGGCCGAAACAAGCCGGGCAUGGAGGGUGUCGACCGACAGCCCAGUAUCGCCAGUGAAGCCAGAUAUGGCUGUCUCGCGGUGGACAAUCUGUACAACAUCUGCCAUCGGAACGACCCAAUCUCGUACCUGCAAAACGCGGCUGUCGACCAACUCUACGCGGCGUCUCUUCAACCCGCCUCCAUCCCCAGCGCCAGUGUCGGCUUUUUCAAACGUAUAGGAAACAGUCUACGUUGGGCAUCUGCCUCUCCAUCCGACACGUACACUGCGGCCGCACCAGCCGGGCGGCCUGAGCUCCAGCAUUUGCCUAGCACGGUCGAGCUGGAAACUCACAACUUCACGCGGGAGGAAAUCGCUGAGCAGCGCAUGUUCCUCCUCAACGACAACGGGCAGGUCGACUGGUUUCUGAAUUCCGGCGGGGGCCCUCUUGAGAUCCAGUACCUCAGCAUGCUCAGUGCUCAUAGCAGUUAUUGGAUCCUGCAGGACUUUGUCAGGUUUCUGGUUGUAGAGAUCGGACGCGAGCCUGGCAAGGCUCAUACAUUGCCGGCCCUGAGGGCAGUCAAGAAGAGGGAGUACAAAAAGGGGAGCAUUGCAUAA